AUGGGCUCCAACCAAGACUACCUCUGGCAAGAUUUUCACCGGAAGGUAUCGUGGGACAUGAGGGCUGCGCUGCGCGCUCACCCGCCUUACGGCACCGACGAGGAGCGCAUAGUCGAGGUCUGGGAGGCAUGCCCAGCAUCGUCAAAAGACCGCAACUCGCUCGUUACGGAGAUCGUGCUAAACAACUCGACACUCGCCGACUAUCUCCUCUACGAAAUUGAGGAAUCGUCGGAGAAAGUCCGUGAUGUGGCCGCACAGGCUAUCGACCAUCAGUGGGUCGCCGCGCAGCGCGCGCACUUUGCCAUCCCCGGAGACGACCAUUACGAGGACGUGGAGCGCGGACGAGAAGGUCGCCCUCAUCCGCCAGCUCCUCCACUACUUGUACGACGUGCUGUCGGUACGUUCCCUACGGGCAUGGUCAAGCAGGUGGACCACAAGCAGCUCACUUAUCGCUCCCGGGACAUGGGAAGGCACGGCGAAUCCAGCGAACGCCGCAGGUCGCGUUCGCCUGAGCGCUCCGAGCACUCUCUCGCCCACUCACUCCUCAACCAGCCGCUCUCGGCCCGCAAGGCGCGCAUCUAUUACGGAAUGGUUUGA